AUGCCAAACGACCUGGGAAAUGGGGCACAGUCCAAGAUAAGUGGAAAAAACCAGCUGGACCGUAUUGUACGGAAAGAAAUAGGAAAGUGGGUGCUGCUGCACAGGUUUAUUCAUAAGUAUGAUCGGCUCGCGGGCAAAAAAUCAAGUGUGAGGGAGAAAAUGGCGAAGCAGAAUGAUCAUCCAAGCGAACACCCAUCUGAUCAGCCAACUGAUCCACCGCAUGAACAACCAACCGGUAAACCAACCGAACAACCAACUGGUCACACAAACGUGUUUAACCUCUUAUAUCGCCCGACGGGAACGCAUCAAAUGCACAAUGGAUUCUGGCAUACCAUAACACCAGAACAAAGCAGCCCUCCAAGGGCAUUCACCCCUACCCCCUGGAAUCAAAAAAGGUCUUGCACCGGACCCUCUGGGGUAUACUUGCACGAAUGCCCACCAAAGGUUACUGUACAUGAUGCCGUACAAAAUUUGCCUUCACAAAAUAACCUAUUGGAAGAGACUAAGUUUAAAGAAGAUUCAAACGAAUUACUUUGUGAUUCCUCACCCAGUACAAACAAAGUCAAAAGGAAGGUAAUAAAAAAACAUGGAAUUAGCAAAGACGCAACUAAGGCUAUCAUAUCCAGGUGUAUCGACAUAAAGAGUUAUAUUGUCCAACACAAAAACAGCUUCAAAAAUAUGUUAAUCAAUUUGUUCAACGAGUACAUGUUCCUGAGGAGGUACAUGAACAGCAACUACCACACAUAUCAUAAGUUAAAAUUCUUCCUUAGCUGCAACCAUUAUGUGAAGAAGUUACAUGACGUUCUGUCGAUUUUUGCUGACGUUGUGGAGGAGAGUGACGAAUACUUAAUGAUAGAAUUGUACAAGAAAAUAAAAAUGAACAUUCGUCUGCUGUACUAUGUCGGGAGAAUUUUAUCCAACUAUCUCACCUGCAUUGCUUAUAAAAAAAUGGCAUACGUAAUUAUGAUUUGUAUUUCUCGAGUACACACCAUUUUUAAAUGUAUGCUCAUAUCGGAACCGUUUAAGAGUGGCGUUCCGGAGUUGAUGAAGAUGAUUAAGUACGAUGUAGCCUGA